CAGAAAAUGUAACGUGUGAUGUAUCUGUACUUGGUUGGCUUUAGCUCUGUAUGUACACGUGUUCCUUUGAUCUUCCUAGCGACUCCACCGAAGAGGGGAGAGAGGCCGCCUUAGGAGAGGGCGUCCUCGCGCUCCCGUAGAAUCGUGUUUUCGGGACUCGUCUCGCAUACAACACUCUGGUGCAUUUAGCUCAGGUGUCCGCCGCCGAAAGAACCUACGCAUUACUCCACCAACUAUGCCCAGCUGAUCGUGGCUUCCGAGUACCAGGAUGGUUGAGUCUGUUCCGUAGGGCAAAGUUCUGUGCACGAUGGCCAGUCCUCGGUUGUCGACUCUCUAUCAAGAGGCCCAUCUACCGGCCGAUAUCCUCGAGCGUUUCAAGAAGUUUCGAGACAGUGGCAAGUUCUGUGACGUCACUAUGCUGGUCAAUGGCGAAGAAUUGCAUGCUCAUAAAGUGUUACUAGCUUCGUGUAGUCCGUAUUUUGAAUCGGUGUUAAAGUCCCACCGAGUUGUAGGCGAAAGACUCCAUGUGCCAAUACCAGUAGGCACAAUUCGUGCAUUUCGAAGCGUCUUGGCUUUCAUCUACACUGGAUCAAUUAAUAUUGAAACAAGCAACAUGUUAGACCUAUUGAGCAUGGCGAAUUUUCUUCUGCUGUUCAAGCUGAAGGCGUUUAUCGCAGAGGUUAUGGAAUCGACGAUAUGCAGCAAUAACGUUCUAGCGGUACGCGAAGCCGCUAUUAAAUACUACCUGCCGAAUCUACAUCUGGCUGCAAGUAGCUUUAUAAAAGAUAACCUCGAGCUGGUAAAACCAUCCUUGCUCCGACUUGACUUCGUCAGGUUGGAGGAACUUAUACUAGAUAAAUGUAUAAAUAUCGAUCGAGGUUCAUACCUAGCCUCACUUGUUAUUUCGUGGGUCUGUUUUCGUUAUAAGGAACGAUUUCAUCUCUUACGACUUGUUCUUUGCUUAGUUGACUGGAGUGAUUUCUCUCCCGGUCAGGUGGUAGCGUUAGUUAUAAAACGUCCACAGGCAAAGGAGCUUCUUCCGAUAAUGUUGAAUGUAUUUGAAGAGCUAAGAAAUAAUGAAAGCACUCCUUUAGAGGUGGAUUUAAUGGCAACGAGAAUUCAACUUGAACGAAUUGCUGUAGAUGCGGCGAUUGACGCACUGGCUAGACAGGACGAUGAGAGGGCUCUAGGCUCUGCGGAGGAGAACAGCGACGACGAUAGUCAUCCCCGUCUGAUGAAUGGCGACAUCCGCAUGGAUGAUCUUGGUGGAGACACAGAUGUUUCAGAGGACGACAUAGCCCCCGUUAGCGCAAGCAGCGACGUGAAAGGCAUCUGUUGCGAAAAAUGUACUUUUAUCGGUAAAGGGGAACAUGCAAGAUCGCUUCUCAGGAACCACAUCGAACAAGUCCAUGUGCGCCAAAUUACAUAUAAAUGCUUCCUGUGUGGGUUCACAUGUACGUGGAAACGACAAUUUCUUGACCAUCUUAAAAAUACCCAUUUUCCUCGCAGUCCUCCCUACCGCUGCGAUGCAUGUGAGCAUCGUACAUUGAAGAUUUCCACCCUCGUGCGCCAUCGACGUAAACACCUCUCGGAUAGGCCUUUUUCUUGCGAGCUAUGCACAUACAAAUGCCGCCAUCAGGCCCAACUAGAAACACAUUGUAGGCUUCAUAAGGUCGAUCGCCCAUACGUUUGUCGUUGGUGCAGACACUCCUUCGUGACACAGGAAGCUCUUGACACACAUCUGAAACAGACGCACCCCGGAGAGCGUUUCCUGCGCUGUGACCAAUGCUCGUACCGAACCCGUUACCCCCAUCAUCUAGCUACACACCGACGUGUUCACCUUAAAAGUGUUUUUCAUUGCCCGGAAGCCCUGUGCACGUUUACGACACCAUCCGAAGCGCAGCUGGAAACGCAUAUCCGACGGCAUAUCCCAGAGAAAACGCAGCUGUGUCCCACCUGUGGAAAAACGUUUGCUGACAAGGCCCACCUGCUAAGGCAUAUGCGUUCACACAACGAUAAAUGAUUGUGGUCGUCAUCAUCAAUAUUACCCUCAAAACAGAAGGACCUUCAGCAGGGCCAAAUUCAUAAGGCCGAUAUAAGGGACAUUAGAGGGACACAAAUGUCAGACUAGAACGCGGACUGUCGGUGAACCGUUGCGCUCGAAUAGAUCACUUUCAGUGCGAUCCCUAGCCCAGACGGUUUGUAUGCUUUCCACACUCAUGUCAAACGAUGUAUUAUUUGGUUGGCAGUUUGCGAGCAAAUACUGCAGAUGAUGUUAUAAGGUCGUUCAGAUUUGCUAUUUUCCCGCGCGUCCUGCACACUAGCAGGUAGGCAGGUCGCGCGAGCCGCUAAUUUAGAGGACAAUUAAAUAGAUCGAAUGUUUAGCUCAAUCAUCUAGUCUAAAUGUCUACCGCAAGCGUUAUUAAUUCAACUAGCCUAAAU